GACACGGGAACCACACCGAGUGCGGUGAAUAGUUGAAUAUAUUGUUUAGUCAACUUCUAUGAUUCGGAGCGUUUGCACGUAUAUGUCUCGAUUGUGCGUGUAUAUUUAUUAAUUUAUUUUUUAUUUUACACACAACGUUUCUUUCCUCCUGGAGCGUUCGUCGUGGAGAGUGUGUUUUGCUUGAGAUCUGAGCACCGCGCGAUGACAGUACGGCGGUCGACGACGUAGCAGCGACGUGAAAUCCGUUUUUCACCCGAGAUCGUAAAACAAUUUGGACAAGCACACACAGGUCGUGAACAACAGAAAAUCGUGAACGUGAACGCCGCGAACGAGUCAAGUUCUGGCCAGUGAUUGCGUUGACAGCGAAGGUUGGUUGACGCCGCCAAGUGAUAACGAGGAAAAUUUGAGUAACGAAAAAUAUCCAGUGAAAUGUGAAGAUAGUCGUUAUCAAAAGACGUACCUGAUACCUGAAAUCUUGGAAGCGAGUUGAUGCAAAAGUCAAGAACCAGCAUCAGGCCACACUUGGUUUGUGACAACUGAGUGGAACUGCCAUAGCGAUCCCGAGUGAGGGUGAAGAAAACAAGAAUAGCAUCAGCAGCAGCAAGUGAUCUAAACCGAAGAGCGCGCGCGGGAUGUGUGCAUAAGUGUGUUUAUGUUUUGAUCGUUUUUUUGUCAGUCGCGCGCGAGAGUUCUUUAUGGUUCCCGGCCGGAGAGAGAGAGAGCGGGGAAAAAAAGGAACCCAAAUAAAUGCCACAAUUAAUUUGAAUAAUCUUGAAUGAAGAAACAGAAAUUAACAUAAUUCGUAUACUCGCGGGACGCAGUAGCGGCUUGAAACAGCAUCCAGUGGCGAACACCGAACGCAAAGUUGUACGCGCGAAGAUACAAACAAGAAACUAAGAAUACGGUUGAAAAUUCCAGCGCCAGUAAAACAAUUUGAAAGAGUUGGAGAGAAGCAAAGAGAAGUUAUUAGCGAAGAGUAAACACCUGAGCGAUGAUUGAUUGAUUCUAGCUCUGCACUGGAGAAUUGAAUUAUCGAAACUCACACACAGCCAGCAGCAGCAGCAGCAGCUUGGAAGCAAACACACAACUUAAGACAACGGCUCAGCGUGGACGCUGAAAGAGGAAGACAAAUAAAACAAGUCUCUGAUUUGAUUACUUUGACGUGAUCGACAUUUUUUGUGAGUGUGUCUCCAGCGCGAGAGAUCAUCGGUGAGAACCAGGCGCGACCUGUUACUGCGGCCAGUGCAGGUUUCGGGUGAAACCUGAUAGUAAAACGGGACAGCAAACGCCAAACGCCGGAAUAAGGGCAGUGGAAGAAGCGAAUUUUCGGUGCCGCUGAGGCGUGUUAUGCUAGUGAACCAUUUUUGUUAAUAUCGGAAAACUGAGCCCAAAUUUGGAGCCCUACCCCGCCAGCGUGGACGGGCUUAACAGCCCGAGAGCGGUGGGGAUGGCCGCUACCACGUACAUAUCGUCCAGCGGGGAGUUGGAUAUGGCCUUGGGAGGCGGAUAUCAUACAUCUUCACCGCGGAGUGCAGCCGAUGCAAACGAGAUGAAGUACAUGCAUCACCACCACCACCAGAGUCACCACCACGUGCCCUCGAGUCCUAGUCCUAACCCAGCCGGUCUGGGUGGCGUGACGGGUGGACUGGGCGGCGUAGGUGGUAACCCAUGGGCCGCACUCCAGCCAACCGAUCCUUGGGCCCUGCACUCUCACCAUCCUCACAGCCACCCGCAUGCGACAGACGUGAAGCAGGAAAUGCAUUUAUCGCAACAGGCCCGGGCACAACAGGGCAUGGCCUCACCACAUGCUUGGCACGCACCGGUACAUCCUGGAACGCACUACGCGACCGGGGGAUCUCCACUGCAAUACCACCAUGCAAUGAACGGUAUGCUCCACCAUCCUGCUCAUCCUGCUCAUCACCAAAGUGCACCACCUAUGCAUCCCUCGUUACGGGGUGAAUCGCCUCAGCUACACAUACCACACCACCACCUGCAAGGCGAUCGGGACGUGAGUGCCGGUGAGGAAGACACCCCAACGUCGGACGAUCUGGAAGCAUUCGCAAAGCAAUUCAAACAGCGACGAAUCAAGCUCGGAUUCACCCAAGCCGACGUCGGUCUAGCCCUCGGUACCCUCUAUGGCAAUGUUUUCUCCCAGACAACGAUAUGUCGAUUCGAGGCUCUACAGUUAAGUUUUAAGAAUAUGUGCAAGCUAAAGCCACUGCUGCAGAAAUGGCUCGAGGAGGCUGACUCAACGACGGGAUCGCCGACCAGUAUCGACAAGAUUGCGGCACAGGGUAGAAAACGGAAAAAGCGAACCAGCAUCGAGGUGUCCGUGAAGGGCGCACUCGAGCAGCACUUCCACAAACAGCCCAAACCAUCUGCCCAAGAAAUCACAUCGCUUGCCGAUUCGUUGCAGCUCGAGAAGGAAGUGGUCCGGGUAUGGUUCUGCAACCGACGGCAGAAGGAAAAGCGAAUGACGCCACCGAACACGAUGGGCGGCGACAUGAUGGACGGAAUGCCACCAGGGCACAUGGGUCACGGUGGACACGGCUACCAUCCGCACCACGAUAUGCACGGUAGCCCCAUGGGUACGCACAGCCACAGCCACAGUCCGCCCAUGCUCAGCCCUCAGAGCAUGGGAGGUGGAGGGCAUCAUCAGCUUACGGCCCACUAGCAAUCAGAGCACCAGGAGUCCAGCAAUAACCCGGCGGUAUUCCAACCGAUACACCAUCCGGCGAUAAUGCAACCGCAUCAUCACCACCAUCAUCAGCAUACCGCCGCUGCCGUCUCCUCCGUCGCUGGCAACAGCUAUAGCAUAGCAUCGACCACCACGAAUACCUCUUCGCCACCGUCGAUGACGUCGCCAUCUACCGGGGCACCGAUGCCCGGCGGAUCGCCCUCAUCUUCGGCGGCGGCUGCUGCUCAAAUGUACAUAGAUCAUAGGCAUCACCAGCAGCAACAGCAGAUGCACGCUAGACGGAUAUUUCAAGAAUGGACUCUGCAGUUCGGACCAACCGGAUCUGCGACUGGUGCACGAUAUCUCAACUAAGGACCCCCUCCAAGGACGGGGUCUUUCCCAACCGUAAGAAGAAGACGAAGAUCAACAUUCCCACAAACGGCAACAACAACAACAACAACUGCAACUUAUAUGAAUACAACACACGAAACCAAUAAGAUGCAAGCUAGUAAAAUAUUAAAUAAUUUGAUGCCCCCCUUAAAUAAAUUGUUUAAAUAAAAGUUUAAACUCUAAACAACACACAAAAAUCAAGCAAAAAGUGGUGACUUAAAUACAAUUGGUGAAACUCCGAUCGAAACUGUGUUUACCUGUACAUAGAAAAAGAAAACAAAACAAAAAAUAUGCAAAGUAAAACAAGUAAUGAAAGUAAGCUAAAUAUAAUCAGUACCGCGUAAGAAAUGUAUGCAAAACUUAGAAUUUAUAAAUGAGAUAACAAAAAAACAACAAAAAAGAAGCAAAACACACAACAGAGCUAGUUAGGAAUGAAUGGAGAGCGCGCGCGGAAUUCCAAGAGCAAAACCAGAGAAGUUCUAGUGAUAUAUAUAAAAAAAUGAGUAAAGUAGCACCGAAAACCCCCGAAAAUGAUACCACAAAAGUGUGUGAAAUGUAUAAAAAAUGAGCGAAACAAAAAAUAUACUUUGUGCAAAAUAGAAAAUCUAACCAUCGAAAAGUGAGUUCAAGCUGUAAGUAUUCUCAUCCAAGUGGGCACUGCGUUGCAGAUUUUUCGUGAUUGGCCGACGGCAGUUCGUGGCUUGCUUAGAUUCCAAACUUUUGUUUUGCAAACAA